AUGAAGCUCGCUGCAUUGUCUCUCUUUGCCCUCACCUCCAAUGCCGUCCUUGGCAGUGAUCCUGGUCUGACUGUACGAACAUCGACAGGCACCUACACCGGCCUCAUUGAUCCCAGUUUUCCUAGCACUCGUCAAUGGCGCGCGAUUCCAUUCGCGGAGCCGCCCAUUGCCUCACGCCGCUGGCUGCCGCCGCAGAAACCUUCGUUGUCGCCAAACGAACAUCAUUAUUCAACCAAAUUCCCGCCGUCAUGCCCGCAAUUUGUGACGGUAGUUGAAUCUAUGUGGAGCCUGCCCCUCACCAAGGGUAAUCUGAUCUACAACGGCGCUCAAAAUGACUCGUCGGGUCUGGUAGGCGAGGCGACGUCUGAGGACUGCCUCUACCUGUCGAUCUGGCAGCCAACAGGACCGGCACCCGAAGGGGGAUUCCCUGUUCUCUUCUUCAUGACUGGAGGUGGCUGGAUCAUCGGGGGCAUCGAUCUACCCUGGCAGAUCCCAGCUCCCUGGGUCGAGCGGUCGCAGUCGGCCAUCGUCGUCAGCAUCAACUACCGCCUCAACAUUUUUGGCUUCCCUAAUGCGCGCGGCCUGGCCGGCGGGCAACAGAACCUGGGCAUUGCCGAUCAGCGAGCAGCCCUUGAAUGGACACGUGAUAACAUUGCCGCCUUCGGUGGGAAUCCAGGUCGGAUCAUUCAUUGGGGUCGGUCAGCUGGGUCGAUAAGCGCCGACAUCCAUGCGUAUGCUUAUCAUGAUGACCCCAUCGCUCAAGCCUACUAUCUCGAGUCUGGGACUGCCCCGUUUGGCGUAGGCAAAGAUCUGACGUAUUCCAACUUCAGCUUUGUGGCGCGAAACGUCGGCUGCGCGAACCCUUGCGGCGUUGGAUGUGACGAUGAGGAUGGUUCAGCUGAGCUCGACUGCAUGCGCCAGGUGUCGUUUCUAGAGAUCUCAAACUUCAUAGGGCAGUAUGGCGAUCGAGUCGCCGAUGAACGUAUCGUCUUCAGCGACUACGAGGCGCGAUCCAACGAGGGCAAAAUUGCUCGCGUGCCAGCCCUCAUCUCCUUCACGGCCAACGAGUUCUCAUCGCUGGUCCCGUGGCCGAAGGACAAUCUGACCGAGGGUCCGUGGCCGGAGCUGGUCAGUGCUCUGGCAAUUGCGUCUGUGUGUGGUUUGUUCAACGCAACUAUGUACAAGAACAGAAUUGCUGCGAAACCGCCCGUUUUCCGGUUCCAAUAUGCCGGCGUGUUCCCCAAUUUGAACGUCUAUGAUUGGCUUGGCGCGUAUCACAACAGCGAGACGACAAUGAUAUUUGGGACUUAUCAUCUUCUAGACCAUAUCGCCAGUUCUACUAGCUUCCAAGUCGAGGUCAGUCAGUCCAUGCAGGACCACAUCAUGGCCUUUGUCAAGGAUCCCUAUAAUGGCCCGCAGGAUGCUUUUAACUGGCUGCCGCAUGACGCGAGUGAUCCAAAUGGCGGAGAUGUCAUUCGCAUUGGCGGGUCCAAAGGGUUAGCCGCGCAACAUAUUCAAGGUGUCGAGAUAGACGGUGUUUGUCGGGGCAUUGGAGACUAUGAUCAAUUCCCGUGA